AUGGCCCAGGUAAGCAGCGGGGUGCCGUUCCUCCCGACGGCGGCGUCGGAGGACGCGACGCUGCGCGCGUCGUUUGUGCGCGACGAGGACGAGCGCCCCAAGGGCAUCGACGGCGGGGGCGCGCGGCUGGCCGAGAUCCGCGACCGCGUGGCCGCUGCCUGCAAGGACUGGGGCAUCUUCCAGGUGGUGGACCACGGCGUGGACGCCGCGCUGGUGGCCGAGAUCGCGCCUUGCCCGCGACUUCUUCGCACUCCCGGCCGAGGAGAAACUCCGCUUCGACAUGUCCGGCGGGAAGAAGGGCGGCUUCAUCGUCUCCAGCCACCUCCAGGGGAGGCGGAGCAGGACUGGCGUGAGAUCGUGACCUACUUCUCGUACCCGUUGAAGGCCCGCGACUACUCGCGGUGGCCGGACAAGCCGGUGGCGUGGCGGGCGGUGGUGGAGCGGUACAGCGAGCAGCUGAUGGGCCUUGCGUGCAAGCUCCUGGGCGUGCUCUCCGAGGCGAUGGGCCUAGAGACGGAGGCGCUGGCCAAGGUCUGCAUGGACAUGGACCAGAAGGUGGUGGUCAACUUCUACCCGAUCGAGGUGCCCGCAGCCGGACCUCACGCUGGGGCUCAAGCGCCAUCACGCUGCUGCUGCAGGACCUGGCUCACCGUGCAGCCCGUCGAGGGCGCCUUCGUCGUCAACCUCGGCGACCACGGCCACGUUCAAGAACGCGGACCACCAGGCGGUGGUGAACUCGGAGUGCAGCCGCCUGUCCAUCGCCACGUUCCAGAACCCAUCACCUUCUCCGAGAUGUACCGCCGCAAGAUGGCGCGCGACAUCGAGCUCGCCAGGUUCAAGAAGCAGGCCAAGGCCGACAAGCAGCUGCAGCAGCAGAGUGCCACGGAGUUCGCCGCGCCGAAUGCAAAGUCUCUCGAGGACAUUCUUGCCUGA